AUGAAUGAUGAAUGUGAGAAUGAUACUAAAGCCUUGUUAGGUUUUGACAAGGAACAUAUCUGGCAUCCAUAUUCAUCGAUGAAUAGCGACCAGAUCAUCUUACCAGUUCUACGUGCCAGUGGGUGUAAGCUUAUCGUUGCGGACGAACAAGAAACAAAAUUAAUUGACGGAAUGUCAUCUUGGUGGUGCAUGAUCCAUGGUUAUAAUGAUGAAAGAAUGAACAAAGCACUGAAGAAACAAAUUGAUGAUUUCUCUCACGUUAUGUUUGGUGGUCUUACCCAUUUUCCCGCCAUUCGACUUGCCAAGAAUCUUCUCAAAUUUAUUGAUCACCCUGAAUUGGAUGCAGUGUUUUUUGCAGACUCUGGAUCUGUAGCAGUAGAAGUGUCGUUGAAGAUGGCAUUACAGUAUCAGUUUUCAUUGAAUUGUCCCAAGAAGAAAAAAUUCAUAAGCGUAAGACGAGGCUACCAUGGUGAUACAAUCGGUGCAAUGAGUGUGUGUGACCCGAUUAACUCAAUGCAUUCUUUAUACGGCGACUAUCUUCCUCAGAACAUUUUUGUUGAUGCACCACCUGUCGUUGACACUUUAUGUACUUCUUCUUUGCAUGUUUCGUUACAGUUUGAUGAUAACUACGAUGAGGAAAAUAACAGGAAGGCAAUACAAGACAUGGAGGACACGAUGAGAACCUAUCGGGACGAAGUAUGUGCUGUCAUACUAGAGCCUAUCUUACAGGGAGCUGGUGGAAUGAGAUUAUAUCAUCCAAAAUACCUAGUUGAGCUGAAGAAACUUUGUUUGGCUUUUGACAUCCCACUAAUAUUUGACGAGAUUGCAACAGGCUUCGGCAGGACAGGCCAAGCAUUUGCUUUUAAGCAUUGUGAUGUAUAUCAGAAAAUGAUAGGAACACCAUUAUCCGAAAGGGUGGAUGUUUUCCCUGAUAUUCUUUGCGUUGGCAAAGCUCUUACCGGCGGUUAUAUGACAAUGAGUGCAGUAAUCGCCACAAAACGUAUUGCUAAUGUCAUCUCUGCGAAAGGUACUGCGACAAACGGGACUUUCAUGCAUGGUCCAACUUUUAUGGCUAACCCUCUUGCCUGUGCGGCAGCCAAUGAGUCACUGAAUAUUAUAAUGGAGGGAAGCUGGAAACGCAUGGUAGACCGGAUUGAAAUGCAGUUAUACAAAGAGAUAUAUGUUGAGCUUCGUAAUAGCGAUCUGUACGGAAAAUUGAUCAACAGUUUGAGGAUAGUUGGUGCAAUCGGCGUAAUAGAGCUUCUCGAACCAGUCGAUGCAACGUUUUUCCAGAUAAAUCAAAUAAACAAGGGUAUUUUCAUCAGACCCUUCGGAAAGCUAGUUUACAUCAUGCCACCUUAUAUAAUAUCGAAAGAGGAGCUGACUAUUCUAACCACAGGAAUUAAGCAACUGCUUUCGGAGUGGAACACUUACAAGCUAGAGAACAAUUGA